GAAAAAAGCACAUUUGUUUGGAUAUUAUAGGUCUUAACGGUCUUGGUUUGUGCUGUUGCACUUUCAGCGCAACAUGCAGAAUCAAACAGCUGUCACAGAAUUCAUCCUCCUGGGAUUCUCCAGCAACCCAGUGCUGCGUGUCUCUCUCUUUGUCCUUUUCUCUGUCCUCUACUCUGCCACUCUGAUGGGAAAUGCACUCGUCUUUGUGCUCAUCUGCCUGGACUACCGCCUCCACAGCCCUAUGUACUUUUUCCUCUGCCACCUCUCCAUUGUAGAUAUCUGCUAUGCCUCCAACAAUGUCCCUCAUAUGCUGGGGAACCUCCUUGGACAAGGAAGAACCAUCUCCUUUGCUGGGUGUGGGACACAGAUACAUCUUUACUUAAUCUUUGCACUUACAGAGUGUGUGCUGCUGGCUGCUAUGUCUUAUGAUCGCUAUGUGGCAAUCUGCCAUCCCCUCCGCUACUUCCUCAUCAUGAACUGGAGGCUGUGCCUCACCCUUACAGCAGUUUCAUGGGCUUUUGGGUUCACAUUUGGUACACUACAAGCUUCUCUGGCUUUACAGCUGCCGUUUUGUGGCCCCUGCAAUGUUGACCACUUCUUCUGUGAAAUUCUUGCUGUCUUAAAGCUGGCCUGCACUGACACUACUGUCAAUAAAGUCCUGAUCUUUGCUGUUUGUGUGUGCUUCCUCCUCUUCCCCUUGGUCUUAAUCCUCAUUUCCUACCUGCACAUCCUGGCCGCUGUUCUGCACAUCCAGUCUGUGGCAGGAUGGCAUAAAACCUUGUCCACCUGUGGCUCACACCUGAUUGUGGUGGGGCUGUUUUAUGGAAAUGCCAUUUUCAUGUACAUGGUUCCUGGGAGUGGAAAUGCAUCUGGGAGGGAAAAAGUUCUUUCCCUCUUCUACAGUGUCAUCAACCCAAGUUUAAACCCCCUGAUUUACACUCUGAGGAACAAACAGGUGAAGGAAGCCUUGCUGAAUCUCCAGGGAAAGAAAAGAGUCUUUCAUUCAGUGUAG